AUGAGUUCUGAAAGCGGAGUGGAUGUAGCAGCGGUUCAGGAGUAUCAUGACGGUGAUCUUGAGAAAGCUCUGGAGGAGUCCGAAGUGGUGGACGGAGUCCAGACUGCUGAGGAUGGCAACGCCGUCGAAGAGCUCUUGCUGGCAGAAGCCGCCCUAGCAGAGGACCCCGAGCUUGCUGAAGCUUUGGUUGAGGCCGCUGAGGCCGACGGUGAGCUCCAGGCGGAGCUCCAGGAGCUCCCAGAGGAGCAGCUGGAGCUCGAGGAGGAGGUCCUCGCCGAGCUCGGUGUGGAGGAAGUCCAAGAGGCCGUAGUCGUGGAUGACGACGAAGACGAGGACAACGAAGGAGUUCAAGAUCACCUCAUGGAUGCAGUCGAAGGCACCUUGCGACUCAAGCGAUUGCUGUCUCAAGACGACGAGGCGCCAGAAGAGGCUCUGAACGGCAAGAAGCGGCGUACCAAAAAGGACUCCGCAACUCCCGCGGCUGAUGAGGCCAGAAUCCAGCAGCUGCUGACCCGCUGGGGGCUGCUACAGGACAAAGUGACCAGGCACGUUCUGGAGACCCUGACGCCGGACGAGCUUAAGUUGUUGGACGACUCCUACAUCCCCGAUAAGUUCAAUCAGAUGCGAGGCCCUGGAGAGCUGAUCAUCUGCCAGAUUGCCGCACUCAAAGAGCGAGUGGGCCCGGGUGGUGGAUCUGCCGAUGCUGUUCUGUCAUUCAGACACAAAUGGAAAAUGAACGUGGAUGAAGAGGCAAUGCUACGAAGAAUGACUCACAAAGAGCUGCGGUACGUCAUGCAGGAGUUCAACGGCGAUACAUCGCUUGAGGACUUCCUCCCACAGGCCAGUGCCUCUGUGGCUGACGAAUCCAUCACAGAAGGCACUCUGCCAGAUGAGCCAGGAGUGCACGUGAUCUCGCGGUUCAACCGGCUUGAGCUCAUUGAUCCCUUAGCAGAUGCUGCGGUGUUUGGGGAUGCUAACCUUAGCUUCGCACUGAAGUUGGCAAAGCACAGAGAGGCACUGGGCCAUGUGGGAAGAGUCAUUGCAACUACCUUUGAGACCCUCGAAUGCCUUCGAGAACGCUACCAGGAAAUCGAUUCUACAAUCAAGACGCUGGAGGACCUCUGUUCCGAGGUCUACCAUGGUGUGGACUGCACUCGGAUUGCAGUUGACAGCCGGUUCCAUGACAUGGAGGGCAGCCUGGGUGCAGUGUACUAUAACUUUCCUCACGCGGGUGCCGUCAGUGGCUUCUUCGACGGUCAUCCAUGCGUCAACUGGCGCCAUGAGAACCUCAUGAGACUUUUCUUCAGAGCUCUGCGCUCCUUCAUGAAGCCCGGAGGUCUGGUCAAGGUCGCCUCAAGCAAGGGCGCUGUUGGAGUGAGAUGGUUCUACAUCACGGAGUCAGCCCAGGAGAACGAGUUCAUUCACAUUGAGACGAUGCCCUUCAGGGAAUGGCACCUGCAUCGCUACGGUCGCUCCUACGGGGACAAGCGCGAUGUGCACCGACGGCCUGGACAAGGCGAGGGCUACAACGUGCAGCGGGCAGAGGCAGACAUGGUCUAUACCUUCAAGUAUGCGCCUUCGGGUGAAUCGCUUCCGCCACAGAGCAUCCGCAUGCCGCCGAAGUUCGGGGUCCUGAAGAGCUGCCCCGAUGGCCCCUUCAGGAGCCUCCUGGGAGAGGCGCGCGAGCGGCACGCCACCGCGCUUUACAAGCGCUUUGUGACGGAGUGCUCGGGCACCCAUGUCGGCUAA